AUCUCUAAAUGGCCUUGAUGUAGUUUGCGAAAUGUGAACAGUGGUUGUACAGUGUGAUUUUUGUAAGUUUGGAGCAGCAUCUUAUCUUGGUAUAUCUAUCCGUGAUACAAGAUUAUUUCAAAGUAGUAAAUUUGAUUUAAUUACUUCAUAUAAAAGUAUAUUUAGCCAUUAUAGCAGUACAUCAUGGCUAGUCAAACUCAGGGUAUACAACAGCUGCUCGCUGCCGAGAAAAGAGCUGAUGAAAAAGUAAACCAAGCCAGAAAACGCAAAGCAGCAAAACUUAAGAAGGCUAAAGAGGAGGCUCAAGCUGAAGUUCUUCGAUUCCGAGAAGAGCGUGAAAAGCAGUUUAAAGAAUAUGAGAAACAACACAUGGGUUCCAAGGAGAGCAAUGCUGCAUUUAUUGAAGAAAAUACUCUGAACAAAGUAUCAGAAAUGAAAAGUAAUGUUGCAGCUAAUAAAGAUAAAGUCAUCCAGUAUUUGAUUAGUCAAGUGUUUGAUGUGCAACCUGAAGUGCAUAAAAAUUUCAGAUAUGAAAUUAAAAAUUAAAUCAUUUUUCUCUUAUAUUUAUAAAUUGUUGAAAAUUGAUGCAUACAUGUUAAAAAAUUUUGUGCUUGUGUACUCUGAAUUAUGUUUAUAAGAAUAGUAACUGGAGAAGUUCCUUCUAAAGGUAAUGACUAGUAAAUGUUUAAAAUUAUUAUUGAGAUAUAAAAAUAUGUAUUUAUAGUUAUUUAACGAUUGCAUGUAUUUCAGUGCAGUGAGAGUCAUUACUAAGGAUACAGAAGAGGAAUUCGAAAAGUUAAUUUAAAAUUUAUUACUCAAACUAUCAUGGUACUAUGAUUGGUUAAAAGAAAAUGCCUAAUUGUAUCUAGAAAAGGAAGAAAUGUCCAAAAGGCUUGAGGAAUCCCCCCAUAUAUGUUAUUAUUUACUUGACAUAAUUUACAAUUACAUUAUGUGAUUAAAUAUAUUUUUUAAAUAAAUUUUUAGCCUGCAAUAGCAUCUUCAUUAAAUUAUAGAUGACUUUUCAGUAUAAAAAAAGUUUCCUGUCAGAUGCUGCUUAGUGCAUUGUGUCCGAUAUCUUUUAAUAGGAAAAUGCAGAAAGAAUAACUGGAUGAAAUAGAUACCUUUAAAUUUCAUGAUAUGGUUAGAUUAUGUUGAUAUAAAGUUUUAAAAAAUAGCAAAAUGAUGUUUUCUCUUUCUGCAUAUAUAUUUCAUACAGACAUAAAUUUGAAAUACAUGUUUUAUGAAUUAGCUUUAAAACUAGAAUAGUCAGUGUUUUCAAGGAGCAUCAUUCAUGUGACAUUUGUGAGCAAAAUGAAUUUCAGAAAUAUAUUAAAUAUUAUGUGAUAAUGGAAAAUAUUAGAAAAGUAAAACUGUAAAUGAAAUGCUUUAUUUUAAUACUAGUAAUUUUGCUCCAUUAUUUUAAUAAAAUUGUCUUGCAAUGUAUGUCUUCUGUAGAAUUUCUGACCGAGUAGUCUUUUCUUUCCUUAGUAUUAUUCAUAAGAUUCUAUUUUGGUAUGGCAACGUAAUGCAUUUAAUAGUAAAAUACAUUUAUAUUGUUUUAGAAAUGGCAGUUACUGUUCUAAACUGUUAAUCUGGUAAAACUCAUGCAAAAUUUUAAAUGUUCAAGCUUGUAAUUAAAAAAAUUCUAAAAUUCGAAUGCUAAGCACAGUGUCAAUUUAUAAAAACUUUUGAUAUUUAUGUAUGUUUAAUAUUUGCAUUAUAUCAAAUAAUUUCAUUAGUGCUAUAAUGUAGAAGAUGUGCUAAACUUAUUAUGUGUUUUCUCUAUGUUAAUGUUUAAAUAGUGCAAAAUGUCGACUUUUUGAAAAUAAAUUUAUUGGUAUCUGCUUUUAAAUUAUCAAUAAGAAAGACAUUUUUAUUUCAACUUAAAUAUCUAGCACGGUUGCGAGGUUUGGAUGUUUUUAUGCAAAAGAACUCUCGUAUGGUUUGGAUGAAUUUGGUAUGUGGAGGUUCUUUUAUUUUAAAUGCAUUAAAUGCAUUUUGUCAAUAUUUUGUAAUGUAGCAAAUAGGGUUUAAAAUCCUAAAUACUUAUCAGAAAUAUUGUUUCAGGAAAUUUUUUAUAUGUUAUAAAGUAACUAUUUUUAUAUAUAUUUUCCAUUAACAUUCCAAGGUAACUUUUUCCUUUUAAAUAUUACCAUGGUUCAAAUUUUAAUUGUUUUAAAUAAUAUUUCAAAAUGUGUUGCCAGUUUUGCAUUCUAUAAUAUUCUGCAGCAAUCUGUAAGCAUUAGAAAAUUAUGCUUUUUUGGGGGUGCAAGGGUGGGGCGGGAGAUAGUACUUGAAUGAAUAUUAUUUUAAGUAUUUGGGUUUUUCUUUUUCAGGAUUUUUAAUAUCAUAGAAGAAACACUUUUUUUUUUUUUUUCUUCUUUUUUGUAUUAUGCAUUUUUACUAUUAUAUUUGUGCCAUAAAAUUAUGAAACAUCAAAGAUGAUUUUGACAUGAUUAUUUUUACUUUAUUUGUAGGAAAUUACCCAAAUGCAUUAAAAUAAUAGACAUGAUUUAAUUUUCUUGUGCCUUUAUUUGAACAGAGAUUAAUGGAUUCUAAGUCAUACUUUAUAUAUUAUUUGUACAUUUUGUUGAAUUAUAUAUUUAUGAAAUGUAAACUGUUAUUUAAUCAGUUCAUCAUGGUAGCAACAUAUUUUGUGUAUUUAUAAUAUAUUAAAGAUGUUUUAUGUGUGA